GCGGGAGAGAGGCGGGGAGGAGAAAACCCACAACAAAACUUGCGUCGCGGAGCUCACGGCUCGACUUGAAUGGAAGGAGCCCGCGCCCGCGGAGCGCAGCGGAGACUCGGGACAGCGCGGACGGCCGGCGGGGCGCGGCGCGGCGCAGGGGCGCAGCAGGUACCAUGGCCCGGAGCAGGGUACUGCUGCUCAUCUUGUUGCUGCCACCGCAGCUGCGGCUGGGACUGGUGGGCACAGCGAGGUCUCCGGGGUUUGGCCGAAGUGGCACCCACAGCCUGAGCCCUGCCGAGAAUGAAUUUGUGGAGGAGGGGCCGGUGUUGGUGCUGAGACCCGAGGAGCCAGGGCCUGGCCCCGUCACCAUCAACUGCCCCCGAGACUGUGCCUGCUCCCAGGAGGGCGUUGUGGACUGCGGUGGCAUUGACCUGCGCGAGUUCCCGGGGGACCUGCCUGAGCACACCAACCACCUGUCCCUGCAGAACAACCAGCUGGAGAAGAUCUACCCCGGGGAGCUCUCCAGGUUGCAUCGGCUGGAAACUCUGAACCUCCAGAACAAUCGCCUGACUUCCCGAGGGCUCCCGGAGGAGGCUUUUGAACAUCUGACCAACCUCAAUUACCUGUACUUGGCCAAUAACAAGCUGACCUUGGCACCCCGGUUCCUGCCAAAUACCCUGAUCAGUGUGGACUUCGCUGCCAACUAUCUCACCAAGAUCUACGGGCUCACUUUCGGCCAGAAGCCAAACCUGAGGUCCGUGUACCUGCACAACAACAAGCUGGCGGAUGCCGGGCUGCCGGACAACAUGUUCAACGGCUCUAGCAACGUCGAGAUCCUCAUUCUGUCCAGCAACUUCCUGCGCCAUGUGCCCAAGCACCUGCCGCCUGCCCUCUAUAAGCUGCAUCUCAAGAACAACAAGCUGGAGAAGAUCCCACCAGGUGCCUUCAGUGAGCUGAGCAACCUGCGUGAGCUGUACCUGCAGAACAACUACCUGACUGACGAGGGCUUGGACAACGAAACCUUCUGGAAGCUCUCCAGCCUGGAGUACCUCGAUCUGUCCAGCAACAACCUGUCGCGGGUCCCCGCGGGGCUGCCGCGCAGCCUGGUGCUGCUGCACCUGGAGAAGAACGCCAUCCGGAGCGUGGACGCAGACGUGCUGACGCCCAUCCGCAGCCUCGAGUACCUGCUGCUGCACAGCAACCAGCUGCACGCGCGCGGCAUCCACCCUCGGGCCUUCCAGGGCCUUAAGCGGCUGCACACGGUACACCUGUACAACAACGCGCUGGAGCGCGUGCCCAGCGGCCUGCCCCGCCGCGUGCGCACGCUCAUGAUCCUGCACAACCAGAUCACCGGCAUCGGCCGCGACGACUUCGCCACCACCUACUUCCUGGAGGAGCUCAACCUCAGCUACAACCGCAUCACCAGCCCGCAGGUGCACCGCGAUGCCUUCCGCAAGCUGCGCCUGCUGCGCUCGCUGGACCUGUCCGGUAACCGGCUGCACACCUUGCCACCCGGGCUGCCGCGCAACGUGCAUGUGCUGAAGGUCAAGCGCAACGAGCUGGCCGCCCUGGCACGCGGGGCGCUGGCCGGCAUGGCCCAGCUGCGUGAGCUCUACCUCACCGGCAACCGGCUGCGCAGCCGGGCCCUGGGCCCCCGGGCCUGGGCGGACCUGGCCCAUCUGCAGCUGCUGGACAUUGCUGGGAAUCAACUCACAGAGAUCCCCGAGGGGCUCCCCGAGUCCCUCGAGUACCUGUACCUGCAGAACAACAAGAUUAGCACCGUGCCCGCCAAUGCCUUCGACUCCACACCCAACCUCAAAGGGAUCUUUCUCAGGUUUAACAAGCUGGCUGUGGGCUCCGUGGUGGAAAGUGCCUUCCGGAGGCUGAAGCACCUGCAGGUCUUGGACAUAGAAGGCAACUUUGAGUUUGCUGACGUUUCCAAGGACCGGGGCCAGUUGGAAGAGGAAGAAGAUGAGGAAGACGAGGAGGACGAGGAUGAAGAGGAUGAGGAGAGGCGAUAGUGACAGGGUGAACCGGAUGUGACAUAGGAACCCCGGCAUGUCACGGGACCAGUGGGGCUCUGCCGUCAAACCCCAUUUCCCAGCCUCGCUCACCAAAGGGUGGCCCAGGAGAUGAAGUGGGAGUCAUUGGGUGGUGCUUUCAGAAAACUCUUGAAAAGGUGCCCACUCAGCCAGGACCCUUUGGUCCUUUCCUCCAACUGUCUUCCUUCUGCCUGGAACAUGGAUGUAAUAGCUAGAGCUUCAGCAGCCUUCUUGGACCAUGAGAUAACUGAUGACAAAAGCCAAGUGGUAAACAUGGUGGGGGGAGCAUGGGAUCCUGCUGCCCACAAGCUGCCCACCGCUGGACUGCUGAUUUGGGAGAAAAUGAGCCUUUACCGCAGUUCAGCCUCUGCUGCUCUGGGUUUCUCUAAUUACCCUCCAACGGCAACUCCUAACUAAUACACGUGCUCAUACUCAUAAUCGAUGAACUCAUCCUGCAAACUUUAAUGAAGAAUUACACUUUUGAUUAUUAAAUCGAUGAACUCAUCCUGCAAACUUUAAUGAAGAAUUACACUUUUGAUUAUUAAACAGGAAAAUGUACAUUUUCUUUUGACUUUGAAUGCCCAUGGAAAGACUUUCCAGGCUCCCGGUGGCAUAAAUGCACAUGGAAUGUGCUUGAGAGACAUUAAUAGCCAUGUACAUCAAGUACAGGCACCCUCCGGCCUGGGCCUUCCCACAUGCGCUUGGGGCAGGGCCACAGCCUGCCACCUCCUCUUUUUACCUAUUCUAUGUCCCAAGACUGUGACAUUCCAAAUUUGCCCUUAAUCCCAUGUCCUCAACCUCCCAGGUGGGGGUUGUUCCUUCCCAAGCACGGCUCCUGAGAGCUGCAUCCAAUCCCUGAGAGGGUGACUGGGAGCUAUAAAUAGAGCCAAGUCAUUACUUCAUCUCUCUGGUGUUUUAAUAAGAUUGGAAAAAAAAAAGAAGGGGCCCAGCUCUGAUUAGCAUCCACUUGUUUGGGUGGUUUUCUGUGAGGCUGAACUCUGAGCAGACGUCGGUUUUCUGGAGCCUUGGGAAAUGAAUUCAUGUCUCUGUGAGUUGUCCAGGGAAAUGGCCUGUUGUGUUCCUCUGGAAUCAUCUUUGAGAGAUGGCUAUCUUCCCGGCCCUGAGGUGUGCCGCCGGCCUUAUUCCUGUGCUCUCUUGUCCCCUACGUCUUUGUGACUUUUCCUGUGUCACACCUGCCCACACUUCCCAGUUCCCUGCCUGGCUGUCCCUGUUCUCAGAUAUCAAUGCUCGCUGGCCACCUGCUCUGGGCCAGCGAGGGUGAGGGGGCCCCCUCCGUCCUGGUGUUCUCAUUUUCUGCACAGCCUCUCAGAAUGUCAGAGCAUCUAAGAAGAAUCUCUGAGAGUGUCCAGUGCAUUCUUCUUCUCUGUCUGUCCUAAUAGGACAGCCUGGUGCAGGACUUGCCUUUGCCCCUCUCAGCACAAUGUCUUCACCCAGAGCAGGUGCCUUAUAAAGGGGGGGUGAAUGGAGUGGAAGUGACUGCACCCCAAACAGGGCAUCCCCCUGCCUCCAGUCACAUCUUGACCACUCUGCCCUGCUCUAGUCCGUCCUUCCCAAACUCACCAGCUUCCUGUUUCUAAAGCAUAACAGCCAACCUUUCAGCCUGGCUUCAAGGUCUUCAAGGUUGGAUUCUGUACUGUCCUCCCAACCUCAUCUCCCAGAACCCACCUCCAGGAGCUUCUGCUCAAGUCCUGCAGCUUCCUCACUGGUGUGUAGGCCUUUGUGCUUCAGAACCACAGAGCUAGAAGGGAUCUUGAAAACUGCUGGGGAAACUGAGUCCUGGAAGGGCCACACUGUGUCUUAUUGACAGAGUUGUGACAAGACCUCCCAUCCCCAAGGUAAUGGUUCCCUGUCCCCGGAAGCAUAUGACCGCUCUCUGCUGCCCCACUCUCUGACUAAGAAACAGUGACCGUGAUGUCAAACCACUCAGCUUUGCAAAACAACUUGCCUUGGGGUUGAGAGCAACUGGGGAAAAGCCUCAAACCAGAAGGAUCAAUUUUCACCACGUGAAAAGCAACCAAGAGCAGGAGCCACUCCUGGAACAUUUGACUCUGACACGUGUGUCUGAUCCAGAGCCCUCAGCCCCUCAGCAGGGGAGGCCCUGGUGGGGAGGGCAGGGACUCCCGAGCACCAGCUCCUUCCACCACGAGGAAAGGCUGUUUCAAAUCAUAGAAUCCAAGAAAGGAUGAAUCAUAGCCACCAAAUCUUAGAAAUAAUGGAUCUUAGAAAUGAAGCUUCUCGAAAUUAUUCUUCCCUUGGCCUCUAGGAUAUCUGCUCUCCUGGUUCCCCUCCUGGCCCUCUGCUUGCUCCUGCUCUGUCAGCUCUACGCAAACCUCUAAUGUGGUGGGGGCCAAGGCUUAGCCCGGGCCUCGGGGCCACAUGCGUGGCACCUUCUCCCUGUGCCAGUGAGUCUCCUCUCCUGGCUCAGACCCCAACCCCGUCAGUGACCCUGUAUCCCGUGUCUGCCUUCAGCAAACACUGAGCCCCUCCUCAGAGCUGUUCUCGGCUCCAGGGUGCAGCAGGGAACGGAUUUGUAACAAUCUAGCCCUCGUGGAACAUCUUAUGCCCUGAUAGAGUCACAAGAAGAAACAAACACACGGGAUGUCAGGUAGUAAUAAAGUCUAUGAGGCGAGAGUGUGACCGAGGUUAGGAGGGGACACGGAGCAGAGGUGGAGUGAGGGGAGGAGCCAUUAACCCCUACAGGAAGGUCCAGCCAGGCAGAGGCUGCGAUGAGGACAAGGCACCAGGACGGGAUCUCACAGAUAUUUGGGGACUGGCAGGAGGCCCACAGGGCUGGAGGGAGGGGAGGGAGAGUUGGAGCAGAGCUCACGGGCCGUGGGUAUGUGGUGGCGCAUCAAGCAGGAAGGGCCUAUAGGCCAGAGGGAACAUUGCGGAGUGUGUUGACAUGUGCUGAGUCAUGAGCAGGAUCCCUCUGGCUGCUGCGCUGAGACCAGACUGGAGGGAAGCAGAGAGAAAGCAGGGUGACCCGGUUGGACCCUCUAGUGAGAUGUGAUAGAGGUCUGGGAGAUGUGAGAGUGGCACAGGAGGACAGAAGGGACAAGGGAUGUUAUUUUGAAGGUAGAGCUGACAGAAUUUGCCAACAAAGUGGAUGCAGGAUAUGAGAGAUGGCGGCCCAAGAUGGGCAGCCUGCCACCCUCCGUCUCCAGCUCAGACUCUCCCGAAGACUCAGAUCCACCAGCCAACCACCAGUGGACACCUUCCCCAGGAGGUCCACACCUGCUCUAGCAUUGUCCUGCGACUCGGUGACCACACAGCUGGGUGUUCAGGCCAUUGGGAUCAGCACCGCCCCCUCCUCCAUGCCCUCCUCCUUUCUGCCCUGCGCGGCUCCUGCUGGUUUUACCUUCCGAGCAGCCUUCAGUCUGCCCUCUCCCUGUGCCCAGGGCCACCACCGUGUCCCUCUCCCUGCCUGUCCUCCCCUUCUCCCCUCACCCCCCAUUCACCCCCACUGCAGCAGAGCGAGCCUUUUGAAUGGGAUCAAGCCGCUUCUGUGUUUUAAGCCCAUUUCCGGCGGCCUUUAGGAUAAAACACAGCUUUCAGCCUGGGUUACAUUGUCCUUCAUGAUAGGACCCCUUUGCUUCUCCAGCAGUGACUGUCCCCACCCCAACCCCACCUCCCCCCGUGCCCCAGUCACGCUGAGCAGGUGAGGACAUCUCCCCACACUUUCCCUCUCAGCUCAGGACCUUUGCACACCUUUGCCUUCACGAAGAAUGGGCUCCUGGCUCCCUGGUCCUGCCACUCAUCCCUCCCUUUGCCUCCCUUGAACCUGCUCUUCGCUCUCACCUACAGCCCCUGCCUCCCUCAUCGUGACUCCCGCCCCCAUGCUGUUGCUGUCUGUUCGUGAACCUUUCUCUCCUCUGGAACUAGGGCCAGGCUUGAGUGCCUGGCACAGGGCGGGCAUUGGCAGGGGUGAAUGAGUGAUGGAGAGGAGGUGCAUGGCCUGCAUGGAGUCUUGGGUAAAGGGGUUUGGACUUGGAUGUAUCGCUGGGUCUACAGCUCUUUCUGGGAGGAGGGCUCAGGUCCCUGACACACAUGGUUAGCAGUGUCCACGUGGCUCAGGCAGGGGCACCACCGGGCAAAAAUCCUGGCUCCGUGACCUGCCCACGGGACGACCCUGGAAAAGUCACUUCAUCUCUUUGAGCCUCACUCCCUUGUCUGCAAGAAGAGGACCAAGAAGGAACAGGUGGUGAGGGGAGUGACUGCUGGCCUUCCUCAGUAGAGGCUGGGUGCACACAAGCAAGCUCAGUCAGCAAACAGCCACUGAUAACCUCCCUGGUGCCCGGCUGCGUGCUGGGCCGUGGCUCCCAUACCCCCGUCCUGCCCUCAAGGUGCUCCCAGUCUGACGGACGCACACAGUGCAGUGUGAACCCAGCGGGCUGCACAGGGGCUGAGCUGUUUGUGUGGCUUCUGUGGCCACACGAAAUCAAGAGCAGACCCUGGGCACUCCCUCCCCGUGCCCUAUGCAGCCUCUGGCAGACAUGGGGGGCCAGGCCUGUGGAGCCAGUGGCCCCAGCCCAGGUAUGGCGUUCCCAAGCAGGGGGUCAGGGUGAGAGUUACCGGAUGAGGUCCAGCAGGGCAUCGGCAGAGCUCAUAAUGGCCUUCCUGCUCUGCUCUGUCGUCUCCUUCUGGGCCACCCCGCCUGGGUGAAUGAUGGAGACCAUGAUGAUGCCCACGAUGACUGCCAUGAAGGUGGUCCACAGGUAGUACGCCACGGUGAGGAUGCCCAGGCGGCUGGAGGUCUUGGCAUCCAGGGAAGCGAGGCCGGACAUCAAGCUGGGAGAGCGAUGUGGGUCAGGGUCUGGGGGUGGGGGGCCACUCAGGCGGACCCACUCACACCCCUCCUGGCUGUGCCCAGCACCCUCACAGAGCUGGAGGGACCGUGCAGGCAUGUGCCCCCCCCCCCUCCCCCAGCAAUCCAGUCCUGUGGUCCCUCUAGCCUGGUUUCUUGCUCUGUUCUCUGGUCCACGCCUGUGGGCAGCCGCCACACCCUUGCACGCCUCCAGGCCCUUGCCAGUGCUGUUUCCUUUGUCUGGUGUCAUUACCAGGUUCCUCCACUCGGCCAAAGUGCUACUCACUAGGUAAGACCAAGCUCAAUGUCACCACUCUGGUGACAUCUUGGACUACCUGCCUCUCCCCAGGGACAGUCCUUGGCCUCUGUCAUGACCCUGGCUAUCCCUGUCUGUCUCUUUCAUCAGACUGAGGACCUGAGAGGAGAGGGGCAGGUGUGACUUCUCUGUGGGUCCCCAGUGCAUGUGGAGUGUGAGCUCUCAGGGCUGCUAUCAGGCAGGGGGUUGCUGCAGGCUUGCUGAAUGAACUAAUGAUGGGAGUGAGUUAGAGCCUAGGCUGGGUCCUAGUCCUGGCUCUGCCCACUGCUUGUGGGACAUCUUUGGGCCUCAGGAUCCCAUCUCUGAAAUGGGGCCGUGGUUUCUUGGAGAGGUGCCACCCUAUGGCCAUCUUAGGUUACCACCUGAGCCCAGAUUCCCCUUCGUCAUCGUCUUGGGAGGUUGUGUUGAGGGGGCUUGUGGGUCUCUCUCCCCGUGGCUCCUGACCCUGCCUUGCCCUGGGCUCUGGGCCUACCUGUGCAGGUCAGCUCAGAGUUACUCUUCUCUUGGCUGUUGGUGGGGUGGGGUUGAGAGAUUAGUUAAGGAGAUGCUUGUGCUUUGCUUUGCUGCCAAAAGGAUUUUUCCCCAAAGUCCUUUCAUUCUUUCAGAUAAAGGAAGUAUUUGUCUGGUGUUGAUCAUGUAAACAAGAGUGGAUAAUCCUUCCCCAUCCUGCUCCUCUUAUCAUUAGGCUACACUCAAGCGGCACCCAGCAUCAAGCUGAGCACUUGUAAGCUUCUCCCCACUUCAGGCUGUAGCUGCUGCAUGAGUGCCCUGCGCUUCCUUGCUCUGUUAAGACACAGUUGAAGGGUCCCCUCCUCCAGGAAGCCUUCCCUGACCACUGGCUGGGGCAAAGGCUCCUUCUCUGGGCUUCCACAGGCCCUGUGCUGUCCUUUGCCCCAGCCCCCACCUCACUGAGUUGCUGACUGUUUACUGGAAGUUCCUCCGGGACUGGGCCGGGGUCUGGGUCUGUUCAGUGAUGGGUCCACAGAGUCAGGCACGCGACCCAGCUGAGUGUAGCUUGGUAGCACCUUGCUGAAUGAAGGAAUGAAUGAAUGAAUAUUUACAAUCUCUGUUCAUCCCUUGUCUGCCAGUAUGCCAUAUGUUAGUGAUGGGCUUACGGUGGGUCUCAGACAUAAAUCCUGAAGGGCUCAUAAUGGGAUUGUGCAGGCAAGGGAAAUGGGGGGCUGCCCUGCAAUUAUUAUGCACCAGAGAGAUUAUCCCCAGCCUGGGGCCAGCACAUCAGCCGAGGGCCAAACAGCCUGCUGACCGCAACAGAAUUCCCUACAGCGAAGUCCAACUGCUUCAGCUCACAGGGAAGCAGGGGCCCUGAGAGGACGACCUGCCUGAGGUCACAUGGAACACUAGCAGCAGCUGGACCAGAACGCAGGCCCCAACUCCAGGCCUGUCCUCUUCCCUUCAUGUAUUUAUUCAAACCUUUAGUGCAUGCCCACUCCGUGCCAUGCCCUGUGUCCACAGAAAGAAAUCAGAAUCUCUCCCCAGCCUCAAGCUGCUUCUGGUGUGGCAGGAGGGCAGGAAGGAGACAGAGUGAGACACUCCAGGACAAGUGGACUCAAGGAACCAGGAGCCAGGGUGGCUGCAUUAGUCUCAUAGGCAAGAGGACAAGGAGGUGCUCUCUUUACUCAGAGGAGGGAGGGGUCACUUCUAGCUAGGAGAGUCAGGAAGGGCUUCCUGGAGGAGGGGGCAUAUGAGUGGUUCUUGGGAGGAUGAGGAGGUUUUGGAGAUGGAGCAGAUAUCCCAGGCAAUGAGGCAGCAGUAGCCAACAGGGAGGCUGGCAAGUGUGGGCACAGUGUGGUCAGAGCUUAGGUCAAAUUUGAGGAACGGUGAUAUGGGGGACAGACAGACUGUGCUCAGGAGUGGGGGUGGCCUUGAGUGCCAGGCCAAGGGGGACAGAGGGAAAAGUGGGGUCCAGUACAAUUCAUCCCACAGAAUUGGCUGGCUGUCUGAAAAGGGAGAACUUGUCAGAUUUGAGAACAUCUAAGUGAAGUGUACUGGGAGGGACCCUAAAGUGGUAUUUGUGAGAGCAAACAUCUAGGACGGACCUAAGAAUGUCAAUGCAGAAUUAGACCGGGACUCAGGCCCCUAGUUCGUCAAUGCAGAAUGAGAUUAAAAAUUACAGCAUACCCACACAGUGGCGUUCUGAGCAACCAUUAGAAGCAAUGGUGUCAUUGGAAAGAUGUUCCUAUUGAAGGUUAGGUGGAGAAAGCAAGGUCUGAGCUAGUCCGUAGCUCUGCAGGGAGCCCUAGAGCCUCCUGUGACAGAGACCCUUCUCCAGGUUUGCAGUCCAGAUGCACCUGCGCAGACAUGCUUGAGGGAUUGUGCUUGAGAAGCGUGUCCGUAACACAUUGCAGAAAGGGACAAAGGGCCCCUCCGAAGGCCACCCGAAGAAGAAGAGGUCUAACACAGAGGUGGUUCCCACUCAGGGACUGACCAGGAUGUGGGAAGGGAGGGAGAGUAGGUUCUAGAUACAGCAAGAGAGGCCCUGGACUCAGGGGCUCUGGAAAGGAGAGGGCUGAUGGAAAACAUGGAAAGAAUUCCAUCACCUGGGCUCCAAGCAGUUCCCCUGUGGAGCCCCCAAAAUGGGAAGGGUUUUCCUACUGGCUGGAGAGGGAAGUGAGUAGCGAAGGCGGGAGCUCGCGGGGAGGGAGCCGCUGGCAACGGCUGAUGACGGAGCAGCCAGGUUGGUGACCGCGGGCGUUGGUGGAGGCCAAGAAGACUGGGAGCUCAGUACGAGGAAAGCCUGGGCCCCACGUGCGCAGGGGCCACUCCAGGGACUCAGGGUAACAAGAAAGCAAGUUCAAGGUCCCGCCUUUGACAAGUGGGGGCUCCUCGAGGUCCCACACUUUUGGGCCAAGCUGUUAAAGUGACCUUUCUGAGAACCUGUAAGCUGGGGUAGGGUUGCUUGCAGGGACUCACGUGGAUAUGCACAGAAAAAAACACUAGCAAGAGAGAGUUUACAGUAGCUAUCUUUGGGUGGUGGGAUUAUGGGUGAUUUUCGUUCUGUUGUACUGUUUAUCCACGUUCUCUGUUAUUUCUAGAAUGAGCAUGUCUUGCUCGUGUGAUGGAAAACACAAUCCCUUGAGUACCUGGCAGCCACAGAAACCAUAAUCUGGACCUUAAAUGUCCCCAAACACCUGAACAUCCACCUCAUUUGAUUCUUAAAAAACAUUCUAAGUCGGCACUGCCCUACGGAAUUACAAGCUAGGCCACAAAUGUAAAAUUUUAAAUUUCCUAGUGGUCCCAUUGUAAAAAGUGAAAAAAAUAAGUGAAAUUCAUUUUUUUGUGAAAUUCAUUUUAAUACUUUAACCCAGUCUAUCCAAAAUAUUAUCAUUUCAAAACAUAAUCAAUAUAAAAAUGUUUAUACUGCUUCUGGUGUUAAAUUUUUAAUUUAAAAUAAUUUCUUAAAAAAGUUAAGUUCCUCAGCUGCAGUAGCCACAUUUUGAGGGUUCAGUAACCCACUUAUGACUAGUGGCUGCCUUAUUGGACUAUGCAGCUGAAGUUACAGAGAAGGAAAAUCGAUCUCAGGGAGGGGGAAAUAAUUGGCCAAGCCACCCAGCUGGGAAGCUGUGGAGUCAAGACUGGAACAGGGGUUUCUGAUUCAGAACCCUGUGGGGCUUCCCCUGAUCCCAGUGCCUCUCCACGAUAGGGAGCUGCUUUAACUCCUGUGGAAAAAAAGUGUCUUCUAGUUUGGCUGACCAUGAUUCUAAUGUCAUAGAGUCCAUGUCAUGCCUCUAUAGUUCAACUCUCAGAGUUGAUGACUUGUCCCAUGAUGGAAUUGUGGUGGUGAGCUCCCCAUCUUUGGAGGUAUCCAAGUGGAGCCUAGAUGGCCAGCCACCUGUUCGAUCAAGGCUUCUAGACUGAGUGUGGGAGGUUCUGUGAGGAUGCCCUCCAGUGCCCCUACUGGCACGUAAUUUAUGGUGAGGAGAGAAUAGGUAACCUUGCCUCACCUACUCCCAGUCUCUGGCUGGGUGCUCCUAGGAGCCCCCGCGGUCCUUCAGGGCCCUGGGGAAGAGCCUCAGGGAGCUGAGAGCUCUGGGACUCCCUCUUGAGCCAUAUGGCCACCACCCAGAGCCCAGGGAUUGUGGAUCAAGAGAGUGCAGUGAUUGGGGAGCAGGCUGGGCUCAAAGGCCCAGCCUGUUUCAAUCUGGUAACUGCUCCACGUGCAAGGGUGGGGGAAGGGAAGCAGCAGCUGCCGGGCUCCUCAUGGAGGGUGAAAGAGGCUGUUUACUGACCCGUCACUGGUUCUAAAACCAGCCGCUGAGGUGGGUAUCAUACCCACCUAACCUCGGGAGGCACCAUUGUUGCCGUGCACUGCACUGGGGACAGUGGACAGAGUACCGGGACUGUUGGCUGCCCCCCACCCCCACCCCAUUUGAAGUCCUCGGCGGCUCCCCACUGCCCUCAGAACUUUGCACACUCCUCCGUGGCCUUGGGUCCUGUGGCCUGACUCAGUCUCCAGCUCCUCACCCACGCGCUCCAGCCACCCUGGUCUCCAUGCUGCUCCGUGAACCACCUUUGCACGGUUAUUCCUUCAGCCUGGAACUUUCUAUCUCCCCACCCUCCUCCCCACACACAUUUCCCCAACCCCACUCAUUUCCACUUGCCCUUUCCAUGGCCAGCCUAGAUGUCCUUUCUUCUGGGAAGCCUACCUUGAGGUGCCAUGUUACCCUUCGCCCUAGGGAACCCUGUGCUUCCCAGUUAGUUAGAGGGCACUCUGCUGGUAUGCCCCCCUCUGAAUCUCCAGGGCCCAACUGGGAAGCUGGCAGGGAAUGAGUGCUGGUGAAGCAGGGAAUUCCAAAGGAACCCAGUCCCCUUGCUCCUGCCCUUCCUGCUUCCCUUCCCUGUCCCCUCCUACUGCUGCUCAUCUGUCCAGUCUCCACUCAGGCACCACGUCCCUCGGAAGGCCCCUCUGGGCCCACCUGGCUAGGCAAGGCAGCUCCCACCUGCUCCUACACGUAUUCCUCAAUAGGGGAGCCCUCGUCAAGUUCCCGAACCUCUGUGUGCCUCAGUUUCCACAGGAGGAUAAAAUGGAGGUAAUGAUGGUUGGUGGUGAGGGUUAAUCUAGAUUUAGCACAGUCUCUGGUACAUCAUAAAUAUUCGAUACAUUCCAGUUAUUAGCAUUCGCUCUACGAUGUCAUGGUCUCUUCUGAGACUGCCUGCCCCAGCAGACUGAGCUCCUCCAGGGAAGGGCUGGGUCUGGCUCAGCUCCAGGUCCUCAGAGCCCAGGGCCUGGUCUGGGUGCAGGUUUGUGGAGUGUGUGAUGUUAAGCCAAGGUGCCAUUCUAGACGAGAUUGUUAAAAGGUCAGCUUUGAUGACCAUAAGCACCCAUUGUGGGUUCUAUGAGAGCAAGUCCCCUAGACCAGCUCUGGUCCCCUCACCAGGUUUAGGGGACUACUCCUGGCACUGUGUGUCUGUGUGACGUUGAGACAGUUGGCACCGGAACUUUUGGGAACAGACAGGGACUUUUUGGUGUGACUGUCUCAGGUAGGGCCCUCUCCUGGGUGAAGAGAAUCUGAGAGGGUCCCUGGAGGUGUGAUUCAGGCCUCUUCUUUCAGCCUCCCCUUCCUGGUCAUUUUUAUCAAUGGCUUGGCCAAGGUCGCUGACGGCAUGUGGAUCGGAUUUGCAGAGGACAGGAAGCUGGGAGGAACAGCUAAUGUGUGGGAUGAGGAAGUUAGGACGACGCAGACCCCAGCAGGCUGGGACCACAGGCCAAUUCUGACACGAUAAAACUGAGCACGGACAUAUGUUGGGCCAGACCAGGCUUCCACAACUGGGGAGAGGACAGACUCUGGGGUGGGGGUGGGGGCCGAGCCAUAGCAGCAGCAUGUGGGAAGGGGACUUUGGGGUUGGCUUGCUGCCAGCUUGCUGAGUCAUGUAAGGAAUAGGGCUGCUGAAGGGCCGGUGGGCCCACUGCCUGUGGGGCCAGAAGCCUGGGAGCUUGUCAAGGAGGCCAUGGACCCACCCUGACAUUGAGACCUACUGGGAAAAGGAUGGGAGAGGGAGGUGUGUGUCUUGCAGCGGAGGUAGGUGGUAGUGACAGAGAUGCGGGCCUGGGGAAGUAGCUGAGGGGGCGGGGGCUGUAGAGCGGGGAGCAGAGCAAACCUGGGGAAUGCUGGGAUUGGUAGGGCAAGCCACAGGGAAGGAGAUCUCAGCUCAGCACCAGGUAUAACUUUCUGCCCUGGAAGGGACCACCUUGAGAAGUAGUGAACUCCCAGUCACUGUAAGUGUGCAAGCAAUUGCUAAGGCCACCCGAUAAGUAGAUUCAAACCCUGGUCUACUAGCAUGACAACACCCAUAGUCAAAACAUCCUGGUACUAGGAUGUCUGAGACAGGAAGGAGCCCUGAGCCCCAUGGCCAAGUCCUUGGGCUCUGGCCUUGGCUGAUGCAAUCAGGGAAGCUCCCCCAAGCUGGUCCCGGGAUGCAGCUGCAGGGAGUCCACUAGAAAGGCAGCUGGAAGGAGGCAUCUGGGGGUCCAUGAGAAUCCCUUCAGCCCUUCAAGCAUCACGGCUUGCUUUUUCCCCGGAGCAGAUGACAGGCCCAGCAGCUGACAGCAAGUGCCACGUUAGCACCGAGUUACUCUUCCCAGAUGGCUCUGCCACACCCCCAUCCUCAAGCCAACUCUUUCUAAGACCUGAGGCAGGAUGCCCAGACUCCCAUUUGGCUCAAGUCAGGUCUCAGUACCCCUUACCCAGGGCACACAUUUCUCUACUGCCUCUGCUUGCACACUUCAGAGGGCAGAGAACUCACUACCUUACGUCAGCCCCUCCAUAUGGGCUAGCUAUGCUUAUUAGAAAGUCCUUCCCAGUGCCAGAAUGAAAUCCACAUUCAGGGAAGAGAACUCCCCAUUCUGGGCCCAGCCCUGCCCUCUGGAGCUACACCAAAGCUCUUUGGUUCCACUUUAGAUGUUGUGGGGCUCAGAGUGCAGAGGUAGGAUGGGAAAGGAGGACGGCUGGGUGGAGGGCGGGUACAGAGCCAGGCAUGGGUCUAGCAGGACACUGCUGUCUUGUCAUCCCCAGCUGCCCUCUGAAGGUCCCUCUUUCCCAGCCAGACCCCUGGGCACCAGAACAGUGCUUAAUUGGGGCUCGCAAAUAACAAGCUCACAAAUAAUCUGCAAAUAACAAGCUUGAACGGAAUCGAAAGUAAAAGCUUGGGGAACUAAAGCUCCCUCAGAGCUCACAGUCAACCACUCUCCACCAGGAAGGCUGUGUGCCCAAGUGUAAUAAGGAUCCCGUCCAGGUCCUAACUCCAUGAGAGCUGAACUCCUACUCCUUUCUUUCCCACAAAACAAGGAAUGUCAGGUGUGAGGGAGCCAGAGUGUUCCCACGGAGGACCACCCUGGUCUACAGUUGCAGACUGUCCUCUCUACCAUGAGGAACAACGUCCUUGGGAUGCCUGGUUAUGACCAGUGCCACCAUGCCAUGGUUAGGAGCCCUGCUCCAGAGGAAGGAAAAACCACCCCCUGCCCCAGGGUAGAAGGGAACAUAGGUCUUCUGCUCCUCUCCCUCUGCCAGCUGGGCUCCUGGUGUCUCUCCACCGAGGGCUCAGGCUGGGCUGCCCAAGGGAGGCUUUCUCUAGGUCAAAAGAGACCCUCCAGGGCAGUGGUCUCCACAGAGAAGGGCAGUGGGAGCUUUUCAGAACCUCCCCCACCUCCCUGUACUCUGGUAUGUUCCCAUCUUGCCCCAUGCUGAACACUUGCUCUGGGUGCUGUGGGUCCCAGGAGGGAAUGAGAUGGGCUCGUGGUCCUCAAGGAGCUCCAGCCAGUUGGUGGAGAGGCCUGUGCUGGACAACAUGGAACCCUGGGUCAUGGCUGUGAUUGGGAGAGGCCAGAAGAGGGUCUAGCCUGGCCUGGGAAUCUAGGCUUCCCGGAGGAGGUGGCUGCUGAAUGGAUCCUUGCAGGAUGAAUAGGAAUUCUCUACCUGGACAGGGGAAAGAGCAUGGGAGCCCGUGAUCGGUUGAUAAAACGGGAGGUUUUCAGAGUCACCAGGCUGAAGGUCUGACCCCACCCGCAGCCCACAGCUGGGCCAUGUUCCCCCUCCUGAUGAGUAAGGCGGUCAGCUGACUGGGCAAGAGGGCCAAGGACAGAUCCCAGGGCUCCUCCCAUCAGAGAGGUCAGCAGAGCUUUGCUAAGAGAAGUCGCCCAUGGCGUGAGGGGCAGAGCGAGAGCACAGGCUGCUCUUUCCUCCUGCCUCCCUCCCACUCACUGUGGGUUGGGGAGCCCGGGGCGGCUGCCCCCUGCACACUGGCUCCUGAACCAGACUGCAACGGCUGUGCAGCCCAGGACCGUCUCCAAUAAGUCAGAACGUGGGUGUUUGGGUGUUUUCUGCCAAGCUGGAGUUCCUCAGGAGGCGGGGGAAGGGAGUGUUAGGUUUCUUUGGCCAAACAUGAUUUCCUGAUUCUAAGAAAAAUCAGUUGAAAAUUCUUACAAGAAACAGAAAGGAAAACAACACACACACAGGAAUGCAUAUGCAUGCGCAGACGUACACACCAUACACACAGGUGAAGAUACACACUACACAGUCCCGCACAAACCCACACACGCACUUGGAUUUCUUUGCUGUGAUGUGAAGCUUACAAAACAUUCUGCCAUGUUCAGCAUCAGUGAAUCACAAACACAUGGAUUCAGUUUCCCUUGAAUGAUGGCUGGUUUAAGAAACUGAAGAAUGAGGGGAGAGGAGGGUUUGGCAAAGAACACGUGGAGAAUUAGAGGCCCUUGCUGGAUCCAGAUGUUGGUCCCACCCACCCCUGCUUCCUGGUGUCACUUGUCUGGGGAUGUGUGAAAACAAGGCACAGUUGACUUCCCAAGCUCAGAAGCAAACUCCAGCCCAUUUGGGGCCUUGAUGGGCCACCAAAAAAUAAAAAUAAGAAAGCACCUGCUGGCUAUGGCUUUGUCAGUUGGCUGACGGCAUCGUGUCUCUUUUAUGGCUGAGGCCAAGAAUGUGGUAAAUAACAGACCUUGAGGUAACUCCAGAGUCGUGGGACACAGUGAUGCCCCAAAAGGACAUCCAGCAGCAUCCUAAGUGUCGAGUGAAAGGAAAAGGGUUUCGCAAACUCUGCUCUGGCCCAAGUGGAAGAUGAAAACAAGAUUAUGGAGACGAGGGUGCAGUGUGGACAAUUCUUAUGACAUCACAUUGAAUGAAAAAGAAAAAAAGAAACACAUAGACUUAUUUUUGUGGAAGUAACAGUGACAUCUCUGAGAACUUAAAGGAACAGGAAGUUGCCAGUACCCUUUGGGGUAAACUAUAAAUUAAAAAGCAAAAGGGAUCGAAUAGUGACAGGUGCUAUAACAGAGAAAAUGGGAAAGGAAGGCCCCCAAGGCUCCAAAGAUUGACUUUUCUAGUGGAAGAGGAAUGAUUAGCACGGCUCAGUCCGCAGAGGGGCACAGAGAAGAGAGCGGAGAGCGGCAAAGCGCUCAGGACCCACCCAAGCACCACUCAUGGGAGGCCAGUUCAAGGACAUGACAGUGCUGUGGCAGGUCCUAACCAUCUGACUAUUCCUGCACCAAUGUACCGGGAGGCAGAAUUUUCUAAAUUUUGUCUGAGGCUUCUGUGUUCAUAGGUAGAGAUAGCUCGUUUCCUUGCAACCAAUUUCAUUUUUAGAAAACAAUUUCAAGGGCACCUGGGUGGCUCAGUCAGUUAAGCGUCUGCCUUUGGCUCAGGUCAUCAUUCCGGGGUCCUGGGAUCGAACCCUGCAUCUGGCUUCCUGCUCAGCAGGGAGACUGCUUCUCCCUCUCCCUUUGCUGCUCCCCCUGCUUGUGCUCUCUCUCUCGCUCACUCUCUUUCUCAAAUAAAUAAAUAAAAUCUUAAAAAAAAAAACCAAACAUUUUCAAAUGGCAAAUACAAGGUAAGAAGCACCUUAGUCCAGGGGAAAGGAGAGACUUCUGUGGUUUGAUGGACACACCUUAAGACCUUGAGACCUUAAGAUCUGCAUGCAGAGUUAUGAAAAGUGCCUCAGUUUGCAUGAGAGGCUCAGGGGCCUUCUGGGAGAAAAGAGACUAAGAUCCCACACCCUGCUCCCUGCCGUUUGAAGUUAGGGUCAGGGUAUACUAGGGUACCUAUGACCAAGAUCUGCUGGCGCUAAAAGCCCCCAGGGCUAACCCAACAGGAGGGAAAAGGGAUCAGGGCUCAAUCCCAAGGAGCCAAACUCAGGGCAUGACUGAGGCUGCUUUGAGAACAAUGACCAGGCACUUGGGGGAUCUAGGAGCCAGAGCAGGGACACGCACCUGAAGGGGGCAGGGUGCUGAUGUGAACCAGACCAUGCAGGGCCUGUGUUCGACAGCAACACCAUGUGGAAGGAACCAGAGCAACAGGGCUAGUGGCAAGAUCAAAUCCUCCAGUUCCAGCUACCUGGCUGGAAGCUUCCCCUAAAGGAAAUAAGCUGACUUUGGCCACUGGGGUAUAAACCUCAAGAGGAAGACAUUAGGCUCCCUGCUGUACAGAGGAGCAGGCCCUUAUUCGGCACAUUCAGUUCUGAAGUCAGUACGGAGGACAAAAGCCAAGGAGAAUUAAAUUUGCCCUGGAGAUCCCUUAAGUUGCCCAUAAAGUUGAGGAGGUAUAAUUCCAUGUAAGUUCACUCAAGACGGUUUUCUUGGGAAAUGGGCUGCUGUUUCUUUUUUUUUUUUUUAAUUUUUUUUAUUGUUAUGUUAUGGGCUGCUGUUUGUUUAGGUGAACACCAGCUGAUCACAACUGCUUCAGGGAAAUGCUCACGCUUUGAGAGGCACGUGGGAACUGAGACUGGCUUAGGGUGAAGCGCACCCACCUCUCGCAUGGUACGCUCAUCAGGAGCACAGCUCUCUGAAUGGGGGCAGCCUCCUGCCUCCUUUAAACUCUUUUUCUCGGUUUCCCACAGCAUAUGUCAUUGAAUUUGCUUAAGUUAAAUGCAUAUAUGAUGGGACUCCACCAGGUUGACCCAGAAAUUAACUCAAAUGGCAGACCCGGCGUCACACUGGCCAUACAAUUAAAAAACUAGAUCGUCCUGCCAGCAAACAUUGACCCAGUGGGUUCCCCGAGUGGCGAGCCUACAGGGAGAAAUGCUCCGGCCAGAGACUGCAUGCACCUGACCUCCUUGGCAACUGAGGUUAUCUCUGUGAAUGAAUACAUCGGCAUUUCGUGUAUUUUGUUGCCUCUUGCCAGCAUCGGAGGACUGGUCUCACCAGCUCCGGGGCUCAGAUGAGGAUGAGCUUCUGAACCAGUCAGCCAAGGACCACACCCUGAGCCUGGUGAUUCACUACUAAAAAAGUUAAAGCAACCAUUUAUAGGGGAAAAGAUCACAGUGGCAGAAUUAGGAUUCUGGGAUGAUAGGAGGAUCUUUUUUUCUGGAUUCUCUAAAGGGUUUAUAAUUAUAGAAUUUUUUAAAAUACAAAAACAUCUUUAAAAGGCAACUCUGAAUCAUCCUCCAAGGGUCAGUUCAAAUGUCGGUCAUGAACCGUCCCUGAAUUCUGCCUCAGCUGCCCUUCCACUGCUCUUUACUCAUGUAAUAUGCAUUUAUUAGGCACCUACUGUAGAGCAGGCCCUGCGAUGUUCCUGUAAAAGAGAUAGAGGAAUUCAUAUUCUUCAGAAUUUUUUAUGAUAAGAGAGUUGUCCUUGUUUAGAAGAAAUUCCUUGAUGAGCCACGUGGACCAGAAGCUGAGCAGCGCCUCCACACCCCCCCCACCCCGCCCCACAGGAACGGGGCAGGAGUGGAGGUGACUUUUGAAAGACAAGGAGGACAGGAUUUCUGGCUGGUCUUAAAAUAGUGGUAAAGAGAAGGAAGGUGGGGAGAGAGAAGGAAAGAGGUGGAUACACCCUAUGUUGACCCCCAGUGAUCCACACCCUUGGAUAAUCUCCCUCCCUAAGUGUAGAUGGGGUCUGUGACUUGCUUCUAACUAAUAGGAUAUGGCAAAGGUGAUGGGAUGUCACUCCCAUGAUUGUGUUAUAUAAGCCUGUCUCAGAAGUCUGAGGGAUCCUUCUCUUGGCCCUGAUGAAGCCAAAAGCCAUGUUGGGAGUCGCCUUUGGAGGGAGCCAGAAGUCAGGGAACCGCUGAUAGCCUCUAGGACCUGAGGGUGGCCUUCAGCUGGUAGCUGUUAAGAAGCUGGGCCCUCAGACAUACAGCCACAAGGAAAUGACUUCUGCCAACGACCCAGAUGAGCUUGGAAAUAGAUGUUUCCCUGGCCAAGCCUUCAGAUGAGAACACAGCUAAGCGUACGCUUCGACUGCAGCCUCAUGAGACCCCGAGCAGAGGAUCCAACUAAGCUAUGCCUGGGCUUCUGACCCAUGGAAAGAGGUAGAUAAUUAAUGGCUAAGUUUGUGGUAAUUUGUUCCAGAGUAAUAGAUAACUAAUAUACAGAGAGGGAGGGAACCCAGAGAUGGCUGAAGGGCUUACACUCCUUAAUAUAAUCCGUCCCUGUGAUCUUGACUCCCAGCUGUCAGUGAAAUUGCUAAAUUUGUGUGCUGUUUGAAGCAAGGGAUCUGCGUGUGAACGGAAGACUGGCACAGGCUGUCUGUCCCCUGACCAGUUGCAGGAAUGUGAGGGCAGAGGAAAGCAAGAGGCACGAAGAAUUCCUGGAGGGUGAGGUGACGGCGACAGCCAUGGCACACGGACUGGCUCUGGGCAAGGGCAACACGUGUGUGUCACGUGGACAUGCAUGGUACCUAGUCCGUGCGCCUGCGAAGGCUGCCCCGAACACGGGCGUGCAGGUCUGCAUCCGUGUUCCCAAGUGAGCCUGAGCCCAGAGAGGCUUCCCAGAGGAAGUGACGAGUAAGCAGUGGGUGGAAGAGGUCACCCAAAGGGGUUGCCUGCAGACAGCAGAACCGAGGUGGAGGGUUUCAUGAAACACCUCUGGGCCUUGGAGAAACCUGGUGAAGCUCUCAUGAGUCAGAAAAAAACAGGCGACAUUCAUCAUAUAUCAGGAGCUUUGCUGCUUGCUCCAAGGACAUUAUCUUAUUUCAUUCUCAGAAGGGAGGUGGGUGUUUUUCCCAUUUUACAGGGAAGGUCACUAAGGCUCAGAAGCUGAGAGACUUGAUUAGGUUCACACCUCCAGUGCAUGACUCCAAAGGCCCAGCUCCUCCCCUGGAGUCUCCUGCAGAUUCUCAGCCAAGCCGGCCAGUACCUAGGGCUCCCCACCCUCACUGAAUCAUGAAGCUACAACUGGCCAAUGGGAGGAUGCACUCAGCUGAGGGGGCUCAGGCUAGGUGCUGGCUUGGAGUGGAUUCUAGAGAAAAGAGGCCCAAGAACGGGAAGAUGCAGGACUAUGGACUGAGGGGGUUUUUUUGUUUUGCUUAACCAUUCAAACACUUGUGGAACUUUUAAA